AUGUCCAUAAGCUCCCCCGUAAUGCAAAAAGACUUCGAUACCAACACGGGAACCUUGAAAAAAGACGAUGAAGUGGUGUUGGAUGAAUUCGAUAUUCAAGAUGAGACCCCCGGAUCUCUCUUAUGGGAGACUGCAUUCGUCGGCGUGUUGUGCUCAGCUCAACUGAUGACACAGGCAGGGCUUGGCCAAUCAUUAGCGCCACUCCACAUCAUCGGUAAAAGUUUUGGAACAACAAAUCCGGGGCAACUGAGUUGGUUUGCCUCCGCAUACUCGCUCACGGUUGGUACAUUCAUUUUGAUUGCUGGAAGACUUGGCGACAUCUUUGGGCACAAAAAAUUCUUUGUUCUUGGAUUCUUUUGGUACGCACUUUGGUCUCUGCUUGCUGGGUUUAGCGUUUACUCUAACAAAAUAUUUUUCGAUUGUUGUCGUGCCUUUCAGGGCAUGGGUCCCGCCUUUUUACUACCAAAUGCUAUUGCAAUCCUUGGGCGCACCUAUAAGUCAGGAAAAAGAAAAAACAUGGUUUUUAGUUUAUUUGGGGCCUGUGCGCCAGGCGGCUUCGUCCUUGGGGCUGUUUUCUCCUCUCUGUUGGGCCAACUAGCAUGGUGGCCAUGGGCUUACUGGAUAAUGGGCAUCGCCUGCUUCUUCUUGGCAAUUGCAGGUUACUUUAUAAUCCCUCAUACUGCUAUGCCGAGCCGCCAUGCAUCGUCUUUCAAGUUACUCGAGCGAGUUGAUUUUGCAGGUUCAGUUACCGGCGUUAUUGGUUUGAUUCUCUUCAAUUUUGCUUGGAAUCAAGGUCCCGUCGUGGGUUGGCAGACCCCAUACACAUACAUUCUUCUGAUAGUUGGCACCGUGUUUCUGGCGAUUUUUGCAUUUAUCGAGUCCCGAGCAGCUUUUCCUUUGCUUCCAUUUGCGGCCCUUUCUAGUGAUACCGCUUUCGUGCUCAGCUGUAUAGCUGCAGGAUGGGCCAGUUUCGGUAUUUGGAUUUUCUACACAUGGCAAUUCAUGGAAGACUCGAGAGGGCAAACCCCUCUUCUCUCCAGUGCACAAUUUUCACCUGUGGCAGUCAGUGGAUUUUGCGCUGCUCUUACGACAGGUUACCUUUUAAGUCGCACACCUCCAAGCACAGUAAUGCUUUUUGCAAUGACCGCUUUCACGGCCGGAACCAUAUUGAUUGCUACAGCUCCCGUUCAUCAAACGUAUUGGGCCCAAACAUUUGUCUCAAUUAUUGUAAUGCCCUGGGGAAUGGAUAUGUCUUUUCCUGCCGCUACGAUAAUGUUAAGCGACUCAAUGCCCCAUGAGCAUCAAGGCCUUGCGGCCUCUUUAGUUAACACAGUUGUGAACUAUUCGAUAUCGAUAGGACUAGGUAUUGCGGGCACGAUUGAGUCUAAUGUUAACGACGGAGGCGCUAAACCUUUGAAGGGGUAUCGUUGUUCCUGGUACAUGGGCAUCGGGUUGAGCGGACUUGGCAUUUUUGUCGCAGCAAUAUAUGCAUGGAGCACUUUCAAGAAGUCCAAAAAAAGGACCUCCGAAAAGCAGCAUUUUAUAGAAUGA